CACUACGCCCCGUCCGUCUUUGAGAAGUACACGGCCAGCGUGACCGUGGGCAGCAAGGAGGUGGUUCUGAACCUGUACGACACGGCGGGGCAGGAAGACUACGACCGGCUGCGGCCCCUGUCCUACCAGAACACCCACCUCGUGCUGAUCUGCUAUGACGUCAUGAACCCCACCAGCUACGACAAUGUCCUCAUCAAGUGGUUCCCGGAGGUCACGCACUUCUGCCGCGGGACCCCCAUGGUGCUCAUCGGCUGCAAGACUGACCUGAGGAAGGACAAGGAGCAGCUGCGGAAGCUCCGGGCCGCCCAGCUGGAGCCCAUCACCUACUCACAGGGCCUGAGCGCCUGCGAGCAGAUCCGCGCCGCGCUCUACCUGGAAUGCUCGGCCAAGUUUCGGGAGAACGUGGAGGACGUCUUCCGAGAAGCCGCCAAGGUGGCCCUCAGCGCUCUGAAGAAAGCACAGCGGCACAAACAACGCCGGCUCUGCCUGCUGCUGUGACCAGGCCGGCGGCCUCCCCAGGACUGACAGGGCUGGGCCCGCCCACCCCGCGCCCCAGUGCCAGACUCGUGGAACAUUCUGGAACGCUCUCCUUUCUGGGCUGGAGCACGGUGCUGACCUACUGUCGGAUCCACGGCCCUCUCCAGCUGGGAACCAGUGCUCUCCCAAGACUCAGGGCGGCCUCCUCACAGCCUCCGCCGGCCGCGUGCCCCCCUCUGCACACCCACUUUAAGCUUGGAACUGGACCUGCGCCGGCUAUGUGGGUGCGUGUGCCUCUGCCCGCCUGACUCCAGAGAUAGCCACGGCCGCAGCCUCCAGCCUCUUCCUUCUUUCCCCCAGGGACUCGGGGCCGCCACGGGCCCAGAGCCUAUCAGGGGAAGGCAGGCAGCAGCCCCGGAAGUGGGGCCGGCCCAGCCCCCUCCCUCUCCUCUGCCUCAGCCUGGCCGUCUGUCUUCACAGCUGGGCUCAGGUGCCCAUGGGGAAGAAGGGAACCUCUGCGAAAGUCAGCAUGUACCCUGGACCACCUGCUGGCCUCUGCCCAAGGGCUCCUCCCCUCCCUGUGCCCCGUGGUCGGACACUGAGGUUUGGGAGCCCCAGGCGGCCUCAGGAAGUCCGUUCUCUGCAGACCCCACUUCCCCACCUGCAGGAGGACAGGACUGGCCAGUUUGGAGCGGCAGCAGGUGCCCCACCUCCAUCCCUCACAGACUCACUGGAGGCUGCCAGGACCACUCCUGUCCACGUGGGAUGGUGCCUCACAUCCAGGGCGUGGUGUGGGCAACAGCCAUUUUCAGAAGCCUGAACCUCCUUCUAGAAGGACUGGGGUGAGGAGUCCAGGACUUUUUAAAAACUUUUUCUCACUUAUUUAUUUGAGAGACAGUGAGCUGCUCUCUGCUGGUUUCCUCUCCAAACACCUACAACAGCCAGGGCUGGGCCAGGACCAAAGCUUGGAGCUGCAACCGCCAUCCAGCUCGGACAGGGCUGGCAGAGACUGAAUGACUUGAGCCGUCCCAGGGUCUACACAGCACGAAGCUGGAGUCAGGAUCCAGACCAGGCAUCAAACCCAGGUACAGCAAUGUGGAGGGCAGGCAUCUCAACCGCCAGGCUAAAGGCCCACUCUCAGCCCAGGACAUUUGGAACAAGUGCCCCUGGUGGGCCUAGGAGUUGGCGUUACCUAGGAUGGGCUCAGGGGACUCCUGUCCUCCUGGUACCCUGGCCUUAGCUCCCCUGCCCAGCGCUGGGGCCCCAGCUGAGCCUCAGCCUCUCGGAAGUCCGGGUGCCAGGGACGGGCACUUCCCACCCCACCCGGGUCCCCAGAGCCUACCAUCCCAGAAGACCUGAUGGCAUCGCUGUCCUCGCACAACCAGUAGGCAAGUGAUGGCUUAGAGUGGAGGCCAGCGGACCACAGCCUGGGGGCCACUGCCUGUCAAUAAAGGUUUGUUUACGCCCACUCA